AUGAAGUGUUUCCUGUUCAAUGUACUUGAUUACAUAAUCUCUUACAUAAUUCACAAUACGAUGAUUUUUUUCAUGACAAAAAUCUCUCAACAAUCUUUUGGUCACAGGUUCGCCCUUAGGUCACUCAUCAUCCACAACACUUAUACCAUGGCUCAUAGAUUGCUAGUAAAUGUGAUAUUCACCGGUGCAUCGGUAUUUGGUAGAGCAUUCACGGAAGCAUAUAAACAGGCAGCGAAGGCUUCUGCUGCUGGAGCUGCUGCAGGUGGACCAGCCAAAGCUGCUUCUCAAGGGGGUAUAUCUACCGAGGAAGCAAUGAAGAUAUUAAAUUUAGAGAAAAACGAGAUGUCGCUAGACAAACUAGAGGAGAAGUACAAUUAUUUGUUUGAUGUCAACUCAAAGGAGAAGGGUAAUUCAUUCUACCUUCAGAGUAAGGUUUAUUAUGCGAUGGAUACGUUAAAGAAGGAGCUAGAGUAUUUGGAGAAGUUGAAGGAAAACCAGAACGGAGCGGCGUCUGGUUAA